AUGGAAGGUCAGAGAUUACCAAAAUACUUGGACCGUGUUGCUGAGAAGAGUAGAGCUCCCAAGGCACAAACAAGAGUAGGUUACAAAGCCCAAUUUCGCAUACGGUACGAUGCAGAUGCUGGUGAAGAGGGAAAGUACGUUGUGACACACUUCGUCGCAGACCACAACCAUGAAUUGGCGGAACAACACUGUGCGAUGUAUCUGAGGUCACAUCGCAGUUUAAACAGUGCUAACAAAGCUCAAGCAAUGGCUAUGCGCAACGUCAAUGUGAAGACUAGCCAAAUCAUGGACUUUAUGGUAAAUCAAUCCGGGUCUUAUGAGAAUGUUGGUUUCAUCCGUACGGAUCUGCACAAUCAUAUUCAAGCCGAACGUAGAGCAAAAGUUGAGGAUAGUGAUGCGCAGGCUAAUGAGACAAUUGAUACAUACACAUGGGUUUUAGAAACAUUUAUGGAGGCGAUGGGCAAUAAAGAACCUGUGUUCGUACUGACAGAUGGGGAUAAGGCGAUGCGAGAGGCAAUCAGAAGAGUAUUUCAAGACACAAGACAUCGAUUAUGUAAUUGGCAUCUUGGGAAAAAUAUUGUUUCAAAUGUUCACAAAAGUGGCUUUACACAUGCUUUCAAGCAGUGCAUGGACAUGGAAACGGAUGAGACAAAGUUUGAGCAUGGCUGGACGACAAUGAUCGAAAAAUUUGGACUUCAAACCAACAGUUGGGUGUUGGAGACAUAUGAGAAGCGUCAUAUGUGGGCUGAGGCAUAUAUGCGUGGACAUUUCUUUGUUGGGAUGAAGAGCACUCAGCACUCGGAGAGUAUGGAUGCUUAUUUCAAUCCCUUCCUCCAACACAAAUUGAAGCUAUAUGAAUUUGUUGGGCACUAUGAUCGGGCUCUUGCAAGGAUAAGGUAUAACGAGGCUGGAGAUGAUGUUGAAACAAAUAACACUUUUCCGGUAUUGAUUACUCUAUUGCGAGAUAUAGAGAGACAUGUAGCAGAGCUAUUCACCCGAAAUAUAUUUAGAAUGUUCCGUGAUGAAAUCUUAGAAGAUGGGAAGUUGAAUGUCAAGGACGUGUUCCCUUUGCCGGAUGGUCAGAAAUACUACUAUAUUCAUAAGUACAAAGUGAAGGAUAGAUCAUGGAUAGUAACACACAGUCUAGUGGAUGCUGCAAUGAGAUGUUCUUACAUGAAGUUUGAGUCGUUGGGGCUACCUUGCUGUCACAUGAUAUGUGUUAUGAAAGCUGAAAAUUUAACGCAAAUUCCCCUAACUUGUGUGCCGCAUAGAUGGACAAGGGCUGCAAGCAAGGAUGGCCAGCAAUGGCCUUAA